CUUCUCCAGGCUAAACAUGCCCAGCUCCCUUAGCCGUUCCUCAUAAGGCAUCGUUUCCAGGCCUUUGACCAUUUUGGUUGCCCUCCUCUGGACACGUUCCAGUUUGUCAGUGUCCUUCUUGAACUGUGGUGCCCAGAACUGGACACAGUACUCCAGGAUUUGUGAGCAACUCUUAAUUGUAUAGACAGAACUCGACAGAAGACUACAGGAUUCCUUCCGAUCUCUUGGAGGCUUCCAGAGAGCACCAAUGGAUGAGCAAGACUCAGCUGGCCCUGAGGCAGGAGAAGGCCUUGCCCUCCAAACUGGGAGCAGUGGGAUAUUAUGGGAAAACUCAGUGCAGAAGAUCCCGGGUGAGGAGGACACCCUCUGCUCAGAGGUGCAGAGCCAGCAGUUGACGCAGUCCGGCUCUCAGGAGGCCAAAGGACCCCAAGAAGCUUGCGGCCAACUCUACCACCUUGACUGUCGGUGGCUGAAACCAGAAAGUCAUACGAAAGCUGAGAUGCUGGACCUGGUGAUCUUGGAGCAGUUCCUGGCUGUCCUUCCGCUGGAGAUGGAGAGCUGGGUGAGGGAAUGUGGAGCGGAGACCACUUCCCAGGCUGUAGCCCUGGCCGAAGGUUUCCUCCUGAGUCAGGCGGAGGAGAGGAAGCAAGCAGAGCAGCAGGGAAAGGAUCUCUAUGCGGAAAUGGGCCUGGAUUCCUGUGAGGCAGAAAAGACUCCGUUGGACGCCAGAGGGAGGCCACUGGGUGAGAGAUGGAUGCCCCCCAGACCUCCUCAUCCAUCUUUUCAUGAGAAUGGAGGAGAAGCAGCAGCUGUGGAAACAGAUCUGGGUCCUCUGUGCUUUAAAGAUGUCGCUGUGUAUUUCACAGAGGAGGAGUGGGCGUUGCUGGAUCCUGACCAGAGAGCUCUGCAUAAGGAAGUCAUGGAGGAGAACCGUGCGACUGUGGACUCUCUCAGUGGAGAUGGAUUGGAAAUUAUGAACAAGGGAAACCGUGACAACAUUCACACAGUGGGGAAGUUGUAUAAAUAUUUGGAGUGUGGAGAGAGUUAUAGUCUGAGCUCCCAUUCUACUUCCCAUAAAAUAUAUCCUAUUGGGAAAAAUCGUUAUCGGUACUUGGAAGAUGGUAAGACGUUUCGUCAGAAGACAUUUCUCACUUUCCCUAAAAGAACUCACAGCAGGGAGAAACCCCAUCAGUGUUUGAAAUGUGGGAAGAGCUUCACUUGCAAGAAUAGUCUCACUUUCCAUAAAAGAAUUCAUACAGGGGAGAAACCCCAUCAGUGCUUAGAAUGUGGGAAGAGCUUUAGUCACAGGGCUGUGCUCAAGGCCCAUCAAAGAAUUCAUACAGGGGAGAAACCAUACAAGUGCUUGGAAUGUGGGAAGAGCUUCAAACUGAAGAGGCAUCUCACUUAUCAUCAAGCAAUUCACAGUCGGGAGAGACCAUAUCAGUGCUUGGAGUGUGGGAAGAGCUUCAGUUGGAAGGACCAUCUCAUAUCCCAUCAAAGUAUUCAUACAGGGGAGAAACCACAUCAGUGCUUGGAAUGUGGGAAGAAUUUUAGCUGGAAGGGUACCCUUACUUCACAUGAAAGAAUUCACAGAGGAGAGAAACCAUAUAAAUGCUUUGAAUGUGGAAGGGGCUUCGUUAGGGGCUGCCAGCUCACUUCCCAUCAAAGAAUUCACACUGGGGAGAUACCCCAUCAGUGCUUAGAAUGUGGGAAGGGUUUCACUAACAAGAAUAGUUUCACUUCCCAUCAAAGAAUUCAUACAGGGGAGAAACCGUAUCAGUGCUUGGAAUGUGGAAAGAAUUUUAGUCGGAAGGAUAACCUUACUUCACAUGAAAGAAUUCACAGAGGAGAGAAACCAUAUAAAUGCUUUGAAUGUGGAAGGGGCUUCGUUAGGGGCUGCCAGCUCACUUCCCAUCAAAGAAUUCACACUGGGGAGAUACCCCAUCAGUGCUUAGAAUGUGGGAAGAGUUUCACUAACAAGAAUAGUUUCACUUCCCAUCAAAGAAUUCAUACAGGGGAGAAACCGUAUCAGUGCUUGGAAUGUGGAAAGAGCUUCAGGCAGAAAGCUAAGCUCACAGAUCAUCAAAUAAUUCAUACAGGGGAGAAACAAUAUCAGUGCUUGGAAUGUGGAAAGAGCUUCAGUAGGAAGAGAAGUCUGACUUGCCAUCAAAGAAGGCAUACAAUGUAUGAACCCUAUAAAUGCUUGGAGUGUGGGAAGAGUUUCAGUCACAGGCAGGGUCUCACUUCCCAUCAAAGAAUUCAUACAGGGGAGAAACCCCAUCAGUGCUUAGAAUGUGGGAAAAGCUUUAAUCGCAAAAAGAGUCUCACUUCCCAUCAAAGAAUUCAUAUAGAGGAAAAACCAUAUCAGUGCUUGGAAUGUGGAAAGAGCUUCAGGCAGAAAGCUCAUCUCACUUCCCAUCAAAGAAUUCAUACAGGGGAGAAACCAUAUCUGUGCACGGAAUGUGGGAAGAAUUUUAGUCAGAAGGAUCACCUUACUUCACAUGAAAGAAUUCAUACAGGGGAGAAACCACAUCAGUGCUUGGAAUGUGGGAAGAAUUUUAGUCAGAAGGGUACCCUUACUUCACAUGAAAGAAUUCAUACAGGGGAGAAGCCAUAUCAGUGCUUGGAAUGUGGAAAGAGCUUCAGAUGGAAGAAAAGUCUCACUUACCAUCAAGGAACUCACAGCAGGGAGAAUCAUGGUAUUUGAAGAUGGGUCUCCUAUCUCCUCUCAAUCUCCUCUUUUCUGGGCUAAGCCUACCCAGCUCCUUCUCUCGUUCCUUAAAAGGCUUGCUUUCCAAAUGCUUGAUUAUAUUGGUCACCCUUCUCUGCACAGAUUCCAACUUCUCAAUAUCCUCCUUUGAUUGUGACAUCCAGAAUUGAGCACAGGACUCCAGGUGUGGUCUGACCAAGGCAGAAAGGAACCUAGUAUUACUUCCCAUGACCUGGACGUUAGACGUCUGUUGAUAUAGCCUGAAAUAGCAGUAGGUUUUUUUGCUACUGACUCACCUUGUUGACUCACAUUAAGCUUUUGGUGUCCUAAGACCCUUAGAUCCUUUUCACAUAUGCUGCUGGCAAACGUGGUGUUUUACAUAGAAUCAUAGAAUUGUAUUUUUU